CCAUUUUCUUGUCAUUUUGAUUCAUUAAUUAAUUAUAUAAUUUUAAUUUAAUUAAGUAACGAUGAAUCAUCAUUACCACAAGUGUGUCUGAAUAUUUUGGGAAAAGACGAAAGCAGCUGAUGACUCUUUGCCACGUCCCCCACAUUAACGAUUAUUAACAAGAGAAAAUAAAAAAAUUGUGCAUACAAGCAAGCAAGCAAGAGCAAGGAGAAGAGAGCGAGAGAAUCUCUCAGAAUCUGGAAAAUGGAUGGAUCAGGAGGAGGUAGAGGUGGCGGCGUGGAAUCGAUUCUACCAAACUACAAGCUCGGGAGGACUCUCGGUAUCGGUUCCUUUGGCAGGGUUAAGAUUGCUGAGCACUCUUUGACCGGUCAUAAAGUUGCCAUCAAGAUCCUCAACCGUCGCAAAAUCAAGAACAUGGAGAUGGAGGAAAAAGUGAGGAGAGAGAUUAAAAUCUUGAGACUCUUUAUGCAUCCUCACAUCAUCCGUCUCUAUGAGGUCAUUGAGACUCCCACUGAUAUCUAUCUUGUCAUGGAGUAUGUCAACUCUGGUGAGCUUUUUGACUAUAUUGUAGAGAAGGGUAGACUACAGGAGGACGAGGCCAGGAACUUUUUUCAGCAGAUAAUAUCUGGAGUGGAGUAUUGCCAUCGGAAUAUGGUUGUUCACAGAGAUCUUAAGCCUGAGAACUUGCUUUUGGACUCCAAAUGCAAUGUGAAAAUUGCUGAUUUUGGACUGAGCAACAUUAUGCGAGAUGGUCACUUUCUGAAGACAAGCUGUGGUAGUCCCAAUUACGCUGCUCCUGAGGUCAUUUCGGGUAAACUAUAUGCUGGCCCUGAAGUAGACGUCUGGAGCUGUGGUGUGAUACUCUACGCUCUUCUUUGUGGGACUCUUCCGUUCGAUGAUGAGAACAUUCCAAACCUUUUUAAGAAGAUAAAGGGAGGGAUAUAUACUCUGCCUAGCCAUUUAUCUGGUGGUGCUAGAGAUUUGAUCCCCAGGAUGCUCGUGGUGGACCCCAUGAAAAGAGUAACCAUCCCUGAGAUCCGGCAACACAAUUGGUUCCAAGCUCAUCUUCCUAGGUAUUUAGCUGUUCCUCCUCCGGAUACGGUGCAGCAGGCCAAAAAGAUUGACGAGGAGAUUCUACAAGAAGUUAUCAAUAUGGGAUUUGACAGAAACCUCCUCAUUGAGUCUCUCCGCAACCGGACCCAAAAUGAUGGCACUGUGACAUACUAUCUGAUACUGGACAAUCGGUUCCGUGCCUCUGCUGGUUAUCUCGGGGCCGAGUUUCAAGAGACUAUGGAAGGUACUCCGCGAAUGCAUCCAGCAGAAAGCGUAGCUUCACCAGUUAGCCAUCGGCUUCCAGGACUGAUGGAGUUCCAAGGAGUUGGCUUGAGAUCUCAAUACCCUGUUGAGAGAAAAUGGGCUCUUGGACUUCAGUCUAGGGCUCAUCCGCGUGAAAUAAUGACAGAGGUACUGAAAGCCCUGCAAGAUCUGAGUGUGUGUUGGAAGAAGAUAGGGCCUUACAACAUGAAGUGCAGAUGGGUUCCUAACAACUCAGAUGGAAUGCUCAGUAACUCGAUGCACGAUAACAACUACUUUGGAGAUGACUCCAGCAUAGUAGAAAACGACGCAGCUGUUAAGUCUCCAAAUGUUGUCAAAUUUGAAAUUCAGUUGUAUAAAACACGGGACGACAAGUAUCUGUUGGAUCUGCAGAGGGUACAUGGUCCUCAGUUCCUGUUCUUGGAUCUCUGUGCUGCUUUUCUUGCUCAGCUCCGAGUCCUCUGAAUAAAUCAACCGGAUCGCUUCAAGAAUUAUCUUCCCACUUCCCUUUGUUUCUCCUUCUAAGGAAUGUUCACAAAUCACAAAGACAUUAAACGUUUAACUUCUUUCAGUUUCUUACUUUUUUUUUUUGUUUUUGGACUCAUCUAAAAUACCUUUUUUUUUUUUUUUUUUGGUAAAAGCAUCUAAAAUACCUCGUUUAAUUUAUAAUGUAAGACCGGGCAACUCGAGUAAAAGAAAUAACCAGGAGCAGCUUUGUACAUAA